AACCUGCAGACCUGGAUGAAGGACGAGCCCGUGGCCACCAACUUGCUCACCAAGCUAAGCUCAGCCUUCAUCAGGAAAGAACCCUUUGGCCUGGUGCUCAUCAUCGCCCCCUGGAAUUACCCUUUGAACUUGACAAUCAUGCCUUUAGUGGGGGCCAUUGCUGCAGGAAACUGUGUGGUACUGAAGCCAUCAGAAAUUAGCAAGAACACAGAGAAGGUGCUGGCAGAGCUGCUACCUCAGUAUCUGGACCAGAGCUGCUUUGCUGUGGUGCUGGGUGGGCCCGAGGAGACUGGGCAGCUGCUGAAACACAAGUUCGACUACAUCUUCUUCACGGGGAGUCCUCGGGUCGGCAAGAUCGUCAUGGCUGCUGCUACGGAACACCUGACCCCCAUCACCCUGGAGCUGGGGGGUAAGAACCCCUGCUAUGUGGAUGACAACUGUGACCCCCAGACAGUGGCCAACCGUGUGGCCUGGUUCCGCUACUUCAACGCGGGCCAGACCUGUGUGGCCCCCGACUAUGUCCUGUGUAGCCAGGAGAUGCAGGAGCGGUUGGUGCCCGCCCUGCAGAAUGCCAUCACACGUUUCUAUGGAGACAACCCACAGACCUCCCCCAACCUGGGCAGAAUCAUCAACCAGAAGCAUUUCAAGUGGCUCCAGGGUCUGCUGGGCUGCGGCCGUGUGGCCAUCGGGGGCCAGAGUGACGAGGGAGAGCGCUACAUUGCCCCUACGGUGUUAGUGGAUGUGCAGGAGACAGAGCCCGUGAUGCAGGAGGAGAUCUUUGGGCCCAUCCUGCCCCUGGUGACUGUGAGGAGCCUGGAUGAGGCCAUUGAGUUCAUCAAGCGGCGGGAGAAGCCCCUGGCGCUGUAUGCCUAUUCCAACAACAGCCAGGUCGUGAACCAGAUGUUGGAACGCACUAGCAGCGGUGGCUUUGGAGGCAACGAUGGCUUCCUCUAUCUGACCCUACCAGCUCUGCCCUUCGGGGGAGUUGGCAACAGUGGGAUGGGCAGGUACCAUGGCAAGUUCUCCUUUGACACCUUCUCCCACCAGCGAGCCUGUCUGCUGCGCAGCCCUGGAAUAGAAAAGCUCAAUGACCUGCGUUACCCGCCUUAUGGUCCCUGGAACCAACAACUGAUAAGCUGGGCCAUGGGGUCCCAGAGCUGCACCCUUCUGUGA